AUGGCGUCGGAGUUUGCCGAGGAUUUCAGCGGCUUCCCAGCAAUACACUUCUCCGGCAGCUUCCUGGGGCUCGACGCCGCCGCCAUGGAGGACUCCGGCAGCCUGGGACUCGCCGGUUACUCCGGCUACGGCUUCUCGGAGGCCCACUUGGACGACCUGCCUGUCUCCCUCCCAGCUCAGUGCCCCGUUCAGGACCCGCUACCGUUCAUCCAGGCAGGAAAGAGGAGAAAGUCGGUCACUGUACCCUGCGGCGCCGCCGCGCCGGGAGGCGCUGCGUCUGCAGGAGUGAAAACUAAGAAGAAGGAUGUGCGUUCCUUUCUAAGACCUCUCUCUCUCUGCCUCUCCCUACACCCUCUCCUCCGUGUCUCUUCCCCGAUGAGUGUUUUUCCUUUCGAAUUUCCUCCCAUUCUCUCAUCCUCCCCAGCACCCCUCCUCCCCCGCUCGCACAUUCACUUAUUAACAUUAGCUUAGCUAGUUUGCUCUGGAUUCCCUUGAAAACUAUUUCAGAGUUCAAGGAAAGGAGGGAGGAGAGGAAGAUGCUGCGGGGAGGAGGAGGAAGAGGAGGAGGAAGGGGAGGUGGAGAUGAAGACCAAGGAGGUUGUCCAUGUGAGGGCAAAAAGAGGCCAAGCCACGGAUAGCCACAGUCUAGCCGAAAGGGUAUGAUCAUAGAAUUUAUUUAAAACAGUUGAUGAUUUACAUAUGACUGAAACUAUUCCCACACAAAUAUAUUCACAGAUGCUGAUAGAUAGAUAACGGGAAGGAUAUAGAUUCAGACUACGUCGAUUGCUAA